CAGACCACCUUAUGCUUGGCAUUAAUAUGCAAUUUGAACUGAAAGUGCAAAAUAUUAAAAUGAGGGUGCAAUGCAUGUGUUUGCAUCUCCGAAGAACUAAACUAAAAAGAAAUGGAGGGAGAACUUGUUUCGGCCAUGUCUGUCUCCUGAGCUUUAUGAUAUUUCAGACAGAAACUAUAAUAACAGAGACAGUGAACUCUCUGUUAACAUAGCAUUUGUUUCUCUCAAUGCACAAGUGCUUCAUCCCAGCGCUCCACAGAACCCUGUCCACACUUUUCUGUCUGAAAGAAUGUUAUAUGUACACACACCUACAGUUCAUUAGAAAACUCUCAAGAAACCCUUGAAAAAGAUUAUAGACAUUAGCAAACACUGGUGCACACAUAACACUCAAAUAAAGUGAAAAAAUUGUAACAUGUCAGUGUGUAAUAAUAAUGCCAUGUUAACAUUUUGUGUAAUUGUGUACAUUUCAGGUGAGCAAGCUUGCUGCCUUGGGCUACAACCCAAUUUUGUUCAUCAGGAAGAAGAAGAAGGGGGUGAACACAGUAAAUGCUGAAAUGAUCACCUACAUGAGGGGACGGGCCUGUAAAACCCUUUUUAGAAAAGAUGAGCAGGGCAUAUGAGUACAUUAUUAAAAAUUCUCAAAGGAUGCAAUUGCCAGAAGCUCCCAGCCCAUCUCCAACUCCACAGUCUACCUCCUCUCCCUCCCAACCCUCUUCUCCUCCUCAUCCUCCAGACUCUUCCACCUUUCUCCCAUCUACUUCUCGUCCCCAAAUGGACUAUGAGGAGGAGACUUACACCCUAACCCUCAUCCCUGUCCAGCCUCCAAGCACCGCCUCAGCAUCUCCCUCUCAAAAAACCAUGAGUGAAAGUGUGUCUGCACAGUGCUCCCGCUCUCCCAGACCUACUAUCUCCUUGACCAGUGCAACAGGUGAAGGGAAGAAAAAGAGGAAGAGAGCAUUGUACAGCUCAACUCUACUCUAUUUACUUUUGGGUCCUCUACUUCCUUUUCCACUGUAG